AUGGCCACGUCCACCCUGUCCGUCUGCUCCAGCGACCGGAGCUACGGCGGCCGCGUCUGCCUGCCCGGCUCCUGUGACUCCUGCCCCGACUCCUGGCAGGUGGACGACUGCCCAGAGAGCUGCUGCGAGCCCCCCUGCUGUGCCCCCACCUGCUGUGGCCCCACCUGCUGUGCCCCCACCUGCUGUGAACCCACCUGCUGUGCCCCCUCCUGCCUGACCCUCAUCUGCACCCCUGCGAGCUGCGGGCCCAGCCCCUGCCAGUCAGCCUGCACCAGCUCCUGCCAGCCCUCCUGCUGCAGCUCCUCCCCCUGCCAGGAAGACUGCUGCAAGCCCGUCUGCUGCACCCCUGUCUGCUGCAAACCCGUCUGCUGCACCCCUGUCUGCUGCAAACCCGUCUGCUGCACCCCUGUCUGCUGCAAACCCGUCUGCUGCACCCCUGUCUGCUGCAAGCCCGUCUAUUGCACCCCUGUCUGCUCUGGGCCCUCCCCCUGCUCGGCCCCCUCCUGCUGCCAGCCCAGCCCCUGCUCCUUGUCCUGCUGCAGACCGUCCUCUUGCGUGUCCCUGCUCUGCCGCCCUGUGGGCUCCUGCCAGGCCUGCUGCGUGCCCACCUCGGCCCAGAACCCCACCGCCCCCACCAUGGCCGCGUCCACCCUGUCCAUCUGCUCCAGCGACCGGAGCUACGGCAGCUGCGUCUGCCUGCCCGGCUCCUGUGACUCCUGCCCCGACUCCUGGCAGGUGGACGACUGCCCAGAGAGCUGCUGCGAGCCCCCCUGCUGUGCCCCCACCUGCUGUGCCCCCACCUGCUGUGCCCCCUCCUGCCUGACCCUCAUCUGCACCCCUGCGAGCUGCGGGUCCAGCUCCUGCCAGCCCUCCUGCUGCAGCUCCUCCCCCUGCCAGGAAGACUGCUGUGUGUCUGUCUGCUGCAAGCCCGUCUGCUGCACCCCUGUCUGCUGCAAGCCUGAAGACUGCUGCAAGCCCGUCUGCUGCACCCCUGUCUGCUGCACCCCUGUCUGCUGCACCCCUGUCUGCUGCAAGCCCGUCUGCUGCACCCCUGUCUGCUCUGGGCCCUCCCCCUGCUCGGCCUCCUCCUGCUGCCAGCCCAGCCCCUGCUCCUCAUCCUGCUGCAGACCAUCCUCCUGCGUGUCCCUGCUCUGCCGCCCCGUGUGCAGGCCCGCCUCCUCCUGCUGUGCCCCUGCCUCCUCCUGCCAGCCCAGCUGCUGCCGCCGGGCCUCCUGCGUGUCCCUGCUCUGCCGCCCUGUGGGCUCCUGCCAGGCCUGCUGUGUGCCCGCCUCGGCCCAGAAGUCCUGCUGCUGA